CGCGAAUGUUCUUCUUCCGCCGUCAGAAUGCCAAGCCCGCGCCACGCCCAUCCCGCGCUCCUUCAUUUGCGCUGCCCAAACGCAGGCCUCCAGUUCAGCUGACUCCUUCGCAUCAGCACGAUCAGCUUCCUUUUCUUAGGAGGUCCAGGUUCAGUGCUUUGCCACAUUUCCGCGCCUACGAGGAUGAACCCGAGAAUUUGUCGCUCUUCAUUGCCAUCCUGUACGUGGUGGACUUGUUCGGCAUAUUUCCUUUUGUGACGCUGCCUGCUCUGCUAGUUAAGCUCGGCUACUUCGGGGUGCUCCUGGUGCUCUCAAUCAUCUUCCUGCAGAUAUAUACCUCGUUCCUCCUGUCCCAGUGCUGGACCAUGGCGGAGUUGCUAGAUCCCUCCAUUCAGCAGAAGAGGAAUUAUCCGUAUGCCGCCCUGGCGGAACUGGCCUAUGGUCCGUAUGUGAGUUUGCUCGUCUCGGUGCUUCUGGAUCUCAGUAUCUUUGCCAUGGCGGUGCCCAGUGUGGUUAUGGCUGCCGAGAACCUGGAGGCGGUGGUGCUGCGCAUGAGUGGCGGUCAGUACAACUUCUCCUACUGCUACUGGGCCAUCAUAGUCGGACUGGUAAUCUGUCCGCUCAUGUGGCUGGGCAGUCCGAAGCAUAUGCGGAGUCUGGCCAUCAUUGCUGUGUGUGUGAUGAUAAUCAUUGUGGCACUGCUAUGGUUCUGUCUUUUCGCCGCCCCUGCGAUUGGAGCUCCUUUCGAAGGAAUAUCUUUGGAGCUUCCUGGCUUUUUGACUGUGCUGAAUAGCUAUAGCAUAUUAGCCUUUCAGUUCGACAUUCACCCGGUGCUGCUCACUCUACAAAUCGAUAUGAAGCACAAGUCCCAAGUGUCCUGGGCUGCCCUCAGCGGUAUAUCCAUCACCUGCAGCGUGGCCAUUAUCGGAUCUGUUAUAGCGGCCUAUAAAUUUGGUUCGAUGAUAGCCAAUAAUUUGCUGCAAACGCUGCCCACCAGUGUGCCAUUUUAUGUGAUGCUGAUCCUCAUGUCCUUGCAGCUUUGUUUCUCAGUGACAGUGGCCAGCUCAGCCAUGUUUAUGCAGAUUGAGAACUACUUCAAGCUUCCAGAGUCACUUUCUUUCAAACGAAUGCUGAUCCGAUCUUCCAUCCUGGCCCUGGAGGUAUUGAUAGCUGAGUUUGUGCCCAGCUUUGAUGCUCUAAUGGACGUGGUUGGAGGCACCAUAACAGGUCCUUUGGUGUUCAUCUUACCGCCGCUUCUGUAUCGACGCAUUCGGCGGAUGGAGCGAGUACAUCAGCGCAUUGCAGCAGAGGCUAGUUACGGAAGCCUGCCCCUGGACCUCAACUACGAUCCCAUCGAAUUGGAAAUGGAGCCGCUGCUGGUGUCGACACCGUCCUCUACUCCUCGAGGCUGCUGGCUGCGGGUGGUGAGAAUGCUGCAUCGUUGCGAGUGCGACGUAUCCUGCACCAUGGGCGUCCUGAUAUUCGGUCUGCUGGCCACCUUCCUCUCGACCUAUCUGAACAUCUUCAGCCUGCCGAAUCUCUUCACCAACAACUCACCCUGCUUGGGUAAUCUCACGAAUCACUUCCCUCAAUAAAAAACGCAAACAAUCAGCCAAGUUCAAUUGCCGUCGUCCUUCGACGACGAGUUCAAAAACCUGAGGCGAUCAUCUUUAGUGCAGUGAGUGCUUGGGUGUUUUGUAUAACACAAACUACAAAUUUAAUAAUGCUUAAUAAU